AUGCCCAACAAACACAAGAACUAUAGAGUAAUCUUCUAUUCUUCUCCUUCCGGAAUUUUCUUCCUAAUUCUAAUUACAUCUCCUUGGGAUUACUAUGGCUACUGCUGAGGUUGUGUCGGCUCAAAUUGCACGUCAUGAGGAGAAAACUGAAGAAACAGUCAAGGAACAAGAAACCACAGCUGAAGAGGUAGUUGCCGAAGCACCAGAGACGGAGCCUGUUGCCGAAGAACCAAAGGAAACCGAGCCUGCAGCAGCUGCAGAGGAAGCGGCGGCUACCGAGGAACCAGUGGCUACUGAAGCAGAAGCCUCAGUAGAAGAUGAAACCAAAGAGGUGGUAGAAGAAUCCAAGGUCGUGACUGAGGAGCCAGUGGAGGAGACUCCUAAGGAAACAGUGGCAGAACCAGCGGUCGAGGAGAGCAAGGAAGCUACUGAGCCAACCGUUGAAACCAAGGAAACUACAGAGUCUAGUGAGACACCAGCUGAACCAGAAGCAGAGGCCGCUAUCGAAGCUCCCAAAGAGGAAGCUGAUAAGGCAGAAGUCCAAACAGAAGCUGAACCAGCAGAGAAGACCGAGUAAUGGAAGCCUUUUCAAGUGAUGACUGCAGUUUUCUGAGUUUGCAUGUUGAGUCAACUAGGUUUCCUAUGUAGUUCAAUAAGGAUGGAUGGUCGAGGCCCAACCGAUAGCAACUGGCAAAGCGGCUAUACUGACGUGCAUUGCGUAUGCCAAGAGAGAGAGAGAGUUUCAUGUUCAAUUUGCAAUUUGGGAUGGGUUUGUUAGGUCCUAAACCAUGUUUGCUUCAAGUUUUUUUUUUUUUUUUUGGUUUUGCUUGUAUGCUUUUAUUACAAAAGGCAGUGUGUCAAGCCUGCAUGUUGUCUUGAAUCUCUUGAUUAUAAUAAAUUUUAGUCCUUUUGUUUA